AUGCCACCUAGAAAAACUUAAACCAUCAAAGAUGUCAUGAAAGAGAGCAAACCAAUAAUUGAUUAAAAAUUAGGAACAACAAGAAGUAAGAAAGUUAAGAAAAAUGAAAAUGAUGAAGAUUCAGAUUAUGUCAAUACAACAAAAAAAUAAAAAAAAUCUAAUUAAUCUUCCAAAAUUAAGUCUUCAACUGGUGAAUAAAGAGAAUCUCUCAAUUCUGAUGAUCCAUAAGAUAAAUUAUCUCCUGAAUUAAAACCAUCUUCCUCAGUUCAAAAAGCAAGAACAAAAGCUGAAAAAAUGCAAUAUAAGCACAAGUAUGAUUAAAUUAAUUGUUAUAGUACAAAAAAAGAUGAAGUAAGAGCAAAAUAAGAAAAUGAGAAUUAAAACUAAAAUUUGGAUAAAGAUGAUGAAAAUAUCGAUAACUUGAAAAUACCACAAUAAGUGUAAGAGAAUGAAAAUCUAAAUAAAAAUGAAUUGAAUAAUAAAGAUAAUAAUUAAGAAUAAUAAUAACAUUAAGAAGAUAAUAAUGAAUAAUAGAUGAGUAAAAAUAAUGAAGAAAACAUAUUUCAGAAUCAGCAAAAAAAUGAAUUUGAUUUAUAAGUAAUCCCUUAAAUUAUUAUAAAUGGUCCAGAAAGUGAAAUAAAAAAGGAUAAAUAAAGGUAAGAAGAAGAAGAAAAAGAAUAAUUAGAAAAAUAAUAGAAGUUGAUGGUUGACAUUGUAUUUUGUUGUGAUGCCAAAAUUUUGGAUUGUAGUAGUAUUGAAUAAUUAUAAGUACAAUAUUAUCUGAUUUUAGAACACCAUAGAAUGUAUUUUAUAAUAAAUAAAAGAAAAGAAAAAGUUUAAUUCUAGCAUAAAAUUCAGUCUUGUCCAUUUUUAUGACUUAAUGAUUAAUUAAAAGUUGUAAUAAUGUUAAGUUAUUGAUUUGUGUGAUGAAGACUAGAUUAUAUAAAGUCUAGAUGAAAUUAAAUAGAGAGGAUAGAUGGAAACACAAAAAGGAUUGUUUUAUGGUCUUAAAUUAGCUACUUCAACUACAAAAUGGAGAAAAGAUAGUAAUAAUAAAACUAUUAGAUAUAUUAUUCAUAUUGCGAAUAAAUAAUUACAAUUAGAUAAUCAAUCUGAAGAAUUGGAUAGAAUAAUAUAAGAGAUGAAUAAUAAAAAUAUUAGAUAUAAAUAUUUAAGAAUUGAUAAGAAAAUUAAUUUAGAUUAUGAUGGUAAAUAAUAUUUUCAAAAUAAAUUGAACAGUUAUGAAGAAAGCUUUUUGAAAGAAUUUGGAAGUCUUAAAAAUGUUGUUAGCAGUAUAAUAUUAAGAGAGCUUUUACAUGAGAAUAAUAAAUGA